AUGUCUCAAAUCCAUGAAAAAUCCCCCAAACACUGUGCAAACAAACAAUCCCUCAACCUCCCAAAGCUGAACAAGAAGCUCUACCUCUACCUCUCCACACUCCUCCUCUCCAUUCUCUCCCUCAUAUUCCUCGUUUGGCUCGUCCUCCACCCGACAAAGCCCAAAUUCUCCGUCGAACGGGCCCUCGUCAACCAGCUCAACCUUUCGGGCCCAUCCUCUUCACUCCUCAACUCCUCAAUCCAGCUCACAAUCCAAUCCCACAAUCCAAACAAGAAAGUCGGCAUCUUUUACGACCAACUCUCGGUAUGCGCAUCCUACAAGGGCGAACAAAUCACGCCCGAAACUCUCGUCUCGCCUUUUUAUCAAGAACACGAGGAGUCGAAUGUGAUAAGCGUUUUCUUGGACGGGGCCCAACAGCCGGUGGGCCCAUCUUUCGCGUACGAGGUUAGGCACGAUCAGGGGAUAGGGAGAUUGGUUUUCGAAUUUAAGGUUGUGGGGAAGCUGAGGUGGAAGAUCGGGACGUGGGUCUCGGGUAGGUAUCGGAUUUUCGUGAGGUGUUCGACCGUUUUGCCCUUCGGUUCGAUGCCUUCGCCUCCGUUGAGCUCGAGGCAGAGUUCGGAGUGUUCGACUGAGCUUUGA